AUGCAAGAAGGGUUGAUUGAUAAUCGAGAUAUGCCAGAGGGAAGAAGGAUCAAAGAUUUAGUAGAGGUAAUAGAAAGGAGAAAAAAAGAGAUAGUAGAACGAAAACCUUCCCAAAAAAAAUCCGAAGCAGAAAAGUUGAAUAAAAUUGGAAAAGAAGCAGUUUUUUUUCAAAAACAAUUAGCAGAAAGAGACAUUGUUUUAGAAGAGGAUGGUUGGACAAAUAAGGUUUUAGAAAUUAUUGAUGAGAAAAAAGCGCUGGAGGAAAAAGUUAAGCAGGCGGAGGAAAUUUUAGGAUUACAGUUGAAAAAUUUAGAGGAGAGCAGCCCACCUUUAACUAAUCUUUCUGAAACUGUUAAUUUACUACCUAAAAUUGGAAUAAACUUAAAAAAAGAUGAAAAUGGUCGAAACUACUAUGAUACCGAAAGUCUAAGCAAUAAAUUGACCGAGUUAAUAAGAAAAGAGGAAGAAAAUAAUUCACUGCGUGAGACAAUUAAAACCAAGGGAGAAGAAAUAGAAAAACUUAAAAACGAUUUAGAUGUUGAAAAAGUUGCAGCCUGGGAGAAAGGAAAUAAAGAAUUAACCAAUUCAUUAAGUAAUGCUCGAAAAGAAGUUAAUGGCUUGCAAAUAAUAAUUGCUGAAAAUGCUAAUAGGGCAAACAAAGAAAAGCAAGAAGAUUUAGAAGAAAUAGCCAGAAAUUUAGGAAUAGAAGAACGGGAAGUGAAAGACAAGCCAGUUGAAGAAAUACAAAAAAUUAUCAAAGAAAAAGCCGAGCAACUUCAGAGGGUCAAAAAUAAAGUUGAAGAAUUACCAAACUUAAUAAAUAAAGAUGGAGAGAAUGAAACGCUGACAAGUUUAUUAAACAGACCAAAAAGCAAAGAAAAACUAGACCAAAUUGAUGAAUUACAAAAACGACCUACCCAAGCGGAUUAUGACCAGGCGGCUAAUAAAUUAAAAGAUACGGCAAAAAAACUAUCCGAGGCGGAAAAAGCAUUGUCCGAUGAACAAACUGAACAUGAAAAAACUAAAACCGCCUUAACCGCUGCCAACCAGGACAAAGAGGAGGCUAACCAAAUUAUUGAUGAGGCAAAGGAAGCAUUAGGAGUGGAGGAUUUAGAAGAUGAUUUGCUCGAUAAACUAAACGGCAGUUCCCUACCAGAAAUUAUUGAGCAAAGAGAUAAAGCCAACACCGCCAAGCUUGAGGCAGAAGCCCAACGAGACAAGGCCAACCAGACGGGAACAACCAAUCCUGAGGAGGCUAAAACUAAAAUAGAAAGAUUAGACCAAGCCGCUCGAGAGGCUAAUGCGGCUCAAGCCAAAGUUGAAGCCGAGAAAACUGCAGCCACUGCCAAAACUAGAUUAGACCAAGCCGAAAAAAACCGCGAUACCUACCUAGAAGAAUUAAAUAAAGCACGAGAUAAAUCAAAAAAUCUUAUCGACUCCAAAGUUUUAGAGCAGAAAAUAAAAGAGAUGCAAACUAAAUAUGAAGGAUUUAUUAACCCUAAAAAUAUUACCCUGGCUCGCCAGCAAGCCGGAUUAAAAACUGAGGACGAAGUAAAUGCGGAGUUAGAUAAAAUAGCUCACCAAUUAGGUUUAGGUAACCAUAAUGAUUUAACCGAUAGUAAUUUAGCAAAUCUUCAAGCCGCAGAAAAAGAAAGAGAUAAUGCCCGCCGUUCCUUACGAACCGAUAAUCUAAAUACUCUUCUGCCAAUACCCGCCGGUGAAACCCUUCAAACUUUACUGGAUCGACCCACUCAACAACAAUUAGUUGAAGCGGUUAACCAGGCUCGCCAGCAAGAGGCUGAAAAGUAUACCAAUCAUAUUGACCCCCAUAAUUUGGAAGCGGAAGCUGAAAAGGCUGGUUUUGGCUUUACUCAGCAAGAUAUUGAUGAGGCAGAGUAUAAAAAAACAGAAGCAGCACUCACUAAUGCUAACAAUACCAUCGUGACUGCCCAAAAACAGUUAGAAAAUUUACAAAACCAACCAACUUUGGAACAGUAUAAUAGUCGUCCCAACGUCACUGUUGAGGAUUAUAAUCAUCUUUUAAAUAAUCAAAAACCGGGUGAUUACGAUGACAUUAAAAACGAACUGGAAAGACCGGAUAUUCCGAUUACUAAACAGGACUGGGAAAAUGAUUAUAGACAAAGACCGACCCCAGAACAGUUAACCCAAGCAGUUCAGAAAGAAAAAGAUAAAUAUUCAACUCAUAUUUCUCCGGAAAAAUUAACCACUGAUUACGUAGCCAAAGAUAAAUUAGAGGAAGAAGCAAAAAAACAAGGAAUGGUUUCGAAAGAGGAUUAUGAUAAGAUAGUUAGGGAAAAGAAUGCCCGCCCUGACAUUACCAAAGCAGACUGGAAUAAUGAUUACAGCAAACGACCAAAGCAAACCGAUUUAGACCAGGCCAACAAGAAAAUUCAAGAUUAUGAAAAUGAUUUAAAAAUUAGGUUGAAAAAUCGUCCUACUUCGGACAACUCUGGCGAAAUUAAGGCCAUUUUAGGAUUAGGCUCUACGGAUAAUUUACCAAAUGAUUGGCAAAAUCAAUUAGUCAAAAAAGAUGACUUAAAAGCAUUUCUAAAUAAAACCCCAGAAAAGGCAGCCCAAGAACUAGCCGACAUGGAAAAGGAAUUAAAGUCCAAAACAGCAGACACAACUCUUAUUGCCAAAAAGCAGCAGAAAAUUGAUGAAUUAAUAAAAUUAAUAGAAGUUGGACACAGAUGGAAUGAUAGAGUUCGACAGUUGAAAAAACGAAAUUGUAGUCUUACCGAAAGACUAAAAAACAAUCAAGAGACACAAAAAAGUACAUUUACAAUAAAUAAACAUAUGAACGUAAACACAUAUAUAAACGAAGCAAAUUUUCCCAAAGACACGACAACCGAAAUAACAAACGAUUUAUUGAGGACAAAGGCAGGUUUGCCACCGGCUACUAAACUUAAAGAUCUCACAAGAAUAAAAACUACUGAUGACAGUGAUACCGGCGGUUCGGCUCCAGCCGAAAAAUUAAAAGAAGUUACGGUUGGGAAUAAUGUUGACCUUGAAGAAGUUUCAUUGGAAUACUGUCCAAACCUAGAAAUUUUUUCUGCUCCAAAAAACAGCAAGUUGGACAAAGUUUUUGGACUAGAUAAAUUAAAUAAACUUAAACGUGCUGUGAUUGACGAAGGUUUAGUUAGGUAUAUUUUUCCUGAAAAAUUAAAUUAUCUUAAAGAUGUAGUAAAAAAUGUUCGGGAAAUAUUAGGUUUAGGUGAGAAUGACCCUUUGCCCUUGGAAACUUAUAAAGAUAGUGCUGGUAAAAAUAGACAAAGGAUAAAUAAAAAUGGCUUAAAAACUGGAUUACAAGAUGCAGUAGUCAAUGAUAAGUCUCCACAAUUAAAAGCUGACAAAGAAAACGCUGAAAAAGAACGAGAUGCAGCCAAGGCUGAGUUGGAAAGCACUAAAACUGAAUGCGACCAGUUAAAACAGCAACUGGAAAAGAUAAGAAAAGAAUUAGGUUUAGGAAAAGAUGCCACUGAGCAACAAACUUUAGACAAAAUAAAAGAGUUAAUGAAAAGACCAAGUGGUCCGGCUUGCACUCAUACUGAUUAUGAUGAUAUAAAGGCUGAACGAGACAGAUUAAAAACCGAAAAUACUAAACUAAAGGAUAAAAAUAAAGAGAAUGCAGAUAUAGAUGUAAUUACUAAGAAAGUUUUGACAGAAAAAACCCACGAACUUUUUAGUAAAUUAAAUAUUUCCAGUGCCAAUAAAUCAGAAAUCAGUAAUGCUAUCUCGACACAUGAAGUUGAAGAAGUUAGAAGUAAAAUACUCGGGAGUGAAUUUAAUAGACUAAAGGAUGAAAAUGCUAGUUCUUUUUACCUCAAUAUCGGUUUAGGGACUUUAUCAAUUGGUAGUCUGCUGCUCUUAUUUUGA